CCUCAAUCCUUCAAUAGGCUCUUCAGCUCUUAUUGUCCUCCCAAAUGAAGUUCUCUACAGCUCUUUCUACCUUGCUGGUAGCCGGCCUGGUUGUCGCUGCUCCUCCUGCUCCACGCCCUACUGAUAUCCAACCUCACCACCACCCCAACCCUCCUCCUAACGCCCCUCUUCCCAAACCGCACGACAACAACAAACGUGACGAGCCAGAGCCUCCUAAGGAUGAGCUUACACCCGACGCUCCCGGGCCUGCGAAUGAUCCCCAGCCCCAUGAUCAGCCCAAGCCCAUCCCUCAACCUCCUAAGGAUGCGCCCCUUCCCAACAACCCUCAGCCCCCACAGAAGCGCGAUGAUGGACCGAAGCCUCCUAAGAAUGAGCCCAAGCCUCAACAAAAGCCGAAGCCUCAGCCGAAGCCUCAGCAAAAGCCUCAACAAAAGCCUCAGCCAAAGCCUCAGCCCAAGCCUCAACAAAAGCCUCAGCCGAAGCCUCAGCAAAAGCCUCAGCCAAAGCCCCAGCCUAAGCCUCUCGAUGACAAGCCGCAGGAUCCGCCGAGACCUAACUAGGUGAUGUGAGAUGGUGCUGUUGGAGUAGUUAUUGGUCAGUGGAUGAGUGUAUGCUUGCUUGAAGGAAAAGAUGCUCCCGUUGUGGUUUUUAUGGGUAGAUAAAAGUUAAGCAGAUAAAAUAAUGAGCAAAAGCUUUCUUCUUCGAUAUAUGCAGUUUUAUUCAGGAUUUAUACCUUGGGUUCGUAAUGCG